UCGGCACACUGCAUGGGAAGAAGCGGCUGGUGCUUCGGAUCGACGAUUUGCUGUUGCAAAGCGGUCUAACUUCCAUGCAGUGGGGCACUAAACGCCUUGAUGAUGUGCUGAGAAGCCCAUGAAGAUUGGCAUCUUGUGCAGAGAAGGCACUUAAGUUGUAUUCUGGCAUAGAGAACUGAGCCACAAAGAGCACCUUCUUCAAGCCUUACUGAAAGGAAGCCUAAAGACAACAAAAAAGAUUAAGUGAAAGAUAAAUUGUAACUUUUCCCUUGUCUGCAGUGGAAGUAGCAUUGAUCUGCCAGAUUGCACAGGUCAAAAGAGCUACUCCUGGCGUUCUACACGAAUACUCAUUAGUCAUUCUGGAGAUGGACUUGCUGUCUGGAACCUACCUCUUGGCAGUCUUGUUGGCCUGCAUCGUGUUCCAAUCUGGCGCGCAGGAGAAGAAUUACACCGUGCGGGAAGAACUGCCUGAAAAUGUCCUCAUUGGCAAUCUGCUCAAGGACCUCAACCUAACGCUGGACCCGGACGUGCCCCUGUCCUCCCCGCUGCAGUUCAAGCUCGUGUACAAGACUGGGGAUGUGCCCCUGGUGAGGGUGGAGGAGAACACCGGGGAGAUCUUCACGGCUGCCAACCGCAUCGACCGCGAGAAGCUGUGCGCCGGCAUCUUCAGCGAGAACCGCUGCUUCUACGAGGUGGAGGUGGCUGUUCUGCCCGACGAGGUGUUCAGACUGGUCAAGAUCCGGUUCCUAAUCGAGGAUAUAAAUGACAACGCCCCCCUUUUCCCCUCGACAGUUAUUAACAUCUCUAUCCCUGAGAACACAGCCAUUAAUUCCCGCUACUCGGUCCCGUCUGCCAUCGACCCGGACAUCGGGGUGAACGGUAUCCAGCAUUAUGAGCUCCUCAAGCCCAAAACAGCUCCGAAAAGGACAUUUGGAUCCAUUACAAAUGACCAGGGUCAAAAUGUAUUUGGUCUUGACAUAACAGAGACACCUGAAGGGGAUAAGUGGCCUCAACUGAUUGUCCAGCAGAUCCUGGAUAGGGAGCAGAAGGACACCUAUGUGAUGAAAAUCAAAGUUGAGGAUGGUGGGAGCCCCCCGAGGUCCAGCACUGCCAUCCUGCAGGUCACGGUGACCGACGUCAACGACAACCGCCCGGUCUUCAAGGAGAACGACAUCGAGGUCAGCGUGCCGGAAAACGCUCCCGUGGGCACCUCUGUGUCUCAGCUGCACGCCACGGACGCAGACCUGGGCUCAAAUGCGCAAAUCCACUUCUAUUUCAGCAACCAGAUCUCCAGUCUGGCCAAAAGGCUCUUUGCCAUCGAUAACACCACUGGCCUCAUCACCAUCAGGGAGCCGCUGGACAGGGAGGAGUCUCCUGUGCACAAAUUGACUGUUUUGGCAAGCGAUGGCAGCUCAACUCCGUCGAGAGCAACGGUGACUGUUAAUGUCACAGACAUUAAUGACAAUGUCCCGUCAAUAGACACGAGGUACAUCAUCAACCCGGUGAAUGGGACAGUGCUUUUGUCUGAGAAGGCUCCUCUCAAUACAAAAAUUGCUUUGAUAACAGUGAUGGACAAGGAUGCUGAUCAGAAUGGGAAAGUCACCUGUUUUACAGAUCACGAUGUCCCUUUCAGGCUAAAACCGGUGUUUGAUAAUCAGUUUCUCCUGGAGACAGCCACUUUUUUAGACUACGAAGCUACACGGGAAUACGCCAUCAAAAUCGUGGCUUCAGAUUCAGGGAAGCCUCCCUUGAACCAGUCUGCAAUGCUCCUGAUCAAAAUUAAAGAUGAGAACGACAAUGCCCCGGUUUUCACACAGCCUAUCAUAGGCCUUUCCAUCCCUGAAAACAACGCUCCUGGUACUCAGCUAACCAAGAUCAGCGCUACAGAUGCUGACAGCGGGCGGAAUGCCGAGAUCAGCUACAUCCUGGGUUCCGAUGCGCCCCCAAUUUUCAACCUGGACCGCCGCACUGGCAUCCUGACAGCGGUGAGAAAGCUGGACAGAGAAAAGCAGGACAGGUAUUCUUUCACUGUGCUGGCUAAGGAUAAUGGGAUGCCGCCUUUGCAGACCAAUGCUACGGUGACGGUGUCAGUGCUGGACCAGAAUGACAACAGCCCUGCUUUCACACAUAACGAGUAUAAUUUCUAUGUGCCAGAAAACCUGCCCAUGUAUGGCACAGUGGGGCUUAUCACAGUUACGGAUGCUGAUGCCGGAGACAAUGCUGCAGUCACUCUCUCUAUCUUAAAUGGUAGAGAUAAUUUCAUUAUAGAUCCACUUACCGGUGUAAUAAGACCUAACAUUACCUUUGAUAGGGAGCAGCAAGGGUCAUACACUUUCCAGGUGAAAGCAGUGGAUGGAGGAAGACUGCAGCGCUCCUCAACUGCCAAAGUGACCAUCAAUGUUGUUGACGUAAAUGAUAACAGGCCCGUUUUUGUUAUUCCCUCAUCUAACUAUUCCUAUGAGUUGGUCCCAACGUCAGCCAGCCCAGGGUCUGUAGUCACCAAAGUCUUUGCAGUUGAUAAUGACACGGGAAUGAAUGCAGAGCUCCGCUAUAGCAUCAUAGGUGGGAACUCCAGGGGCUUGUUUACCAUCGACCAAUUAACAGGCAAUAUCACUUUGAAAGAGAAGGUGAUUGCAUCAGAUCAUGGCUUGCACAGACUGGUGAUCAAGGUGAAUGACCUGGGACAGCCGGAGUCUCUUUACACGAUAGCUCUUGUGCACUUGUUUGUGAACGAGACCGUCACCAACAGCUCCUACGUGCAAGAGCUGGUGCGCAGGAACAUGGAAACUCCAGUUGGACAGAACAUUGGGGAUGGUGAGAUAACCCCACAGACCAAUGAUUAUGUCAAGAUCAUCAUUGCCAUCAUUGCAGGCACCAUGACGGUUAUUCUGGUAAUUUUUGUUACCGCUUUAGUCCGGUGCCGCCAGACGCCCAGGCACAAGGUUGUCCAAAAAAAUAAGCAGAGUGGUGAAUGGGUUUCCCCCAACCAAGAGAAUAGGCAGAUCAAGAAAAAGAAGAAGAAGAAGAAGCGCUCUCCAAAGAGUCUCCUCCUCAACUUUGUUACCAUUGAAGAGUCUAAGCCCGAUGAUCCUGGCCACGAGCACAUAAAUGGCACUUUAGACAUUCCCGUAGAGCUAGAAGAGCAGACUAUGGGAAAAUAUAACUGGGCCACCACACCAACCACAUUUAAACCUGACAGCCCAGACUUAGCAAAGCACUACAAGUCUGCUUCUCCUCAGCCUACCUUCCAAAUCAAACCCGAGACUCCUGUACCCCCCAAGAAGCACCAUGUCAUUCAGGAAUUGCCUCUAGAUAACACCUUUGUGGUGGGCUGUGACUCACUUUCCAAGUGCUCAUCCAGCAGCUCGGACCCUUACAGUGUUUCUGAAUGCAGCUGUCAAGGAGGCUUCAAGACCCCAGGCCCCAUACACACCAGACAGCACACAAAAGAAGUGGGAAGGCCGCAAACUCCUUUGAAAGAAACAGCCUUGGAGCCCUGGACUCAGCCACAGCCCCAGCGCCGCGUCACGUUCCACCUGCCAGAUGGCUCCCAGGAAAGCUGCAGUGACAGCGGGCUCGGCGACCACGAGCCCACCAGCGGGGCCAGCGCGUCCCACCCGCUGCCCCUGGGCUUCCCCCAGGACGAGUUCUACGAGCAGGCGUCGCCCAACAGCCGCACGGAGGGAGACGGAAACUCCGACCCCGAGUCCACUAUCGAAGUGAACCUGCAGAAAGCUCUGGCCGAAGCCUCGGAGAACUGCACUCAGGAGUGCCUCAUCCUCGGCCACUCCGACAACUGCUGGAUGCCGCCGGCGCUGGCGCAGUUCCAGCAGCCCAACACCUCCCUGCCAUCGUUUGGCUUCCAGCAAGGCUGGGGCCGAGGAGCCAGACCCGAGGGCCGUCACACUCUCGGGAGGCCGCUGCCAAAGGAUGACAGUGAAAAAGGCCAGGCAGGGCCCAGGCCCCAGUUCUACAACACCUGCGAAAGACAUUGCGCUGGCGAGGAUCCCGUCAAGGUCAUCCCUCUGGCAAACUUCGCCGCGUCCCACCAGGCACCAGGGGCUGGGAGCAGCACCGCGUUUAUACACGAGCACCAGCUGUAAAUGCGUAUCUGACAAAUCCUUAAUUUCAGGCUUUAAGUGUGACUUUGUACGGUCACGACCUAGCGCCGCUCCUCAGGCGCGUACAAACUAGCUAGGCUUGAGAAUGUUUGCGUACAUAGAAUCCUAAAUCUGAAACAGAAAAUCUAAAUCCUUAGGACCUGGUUGAAAGGCUGUAGUUCUUGGUACAAUCCAGGAAAUGGGGAAGAGAACUCACAACCUAGAAACAAUCAGAAGAAAAACAAAAUCCUGUUCAUUUUCUUGCAUGGGCCAUGCAGUGCAAAUAUCUGCCAGCAGUUCCUCCUCCCUUUGAAGGCAAUUCCUUGGUACAGUUUGGGGAAUAUUGCAGUCUAAAAACAGCUUACUCAAUUUUUUCUUUGUUGUUAUAAUUUAUAGCAUAUUCAUAGAUUUCAUCUUCCUUUUG